CUGUUACUUCAUAUAGGUUUCAUAAUCUUACAUCACGAUGAACUUACACUAAAAAUACCGGCAGUAAAUAUUUGCAAUUGAUAAUAAAAUAAUAAAACAAUAAUUAAGUUUUUAUUGUAUAUAACUAUGAACUAAUCUGGAUUUUUUGCAAUCGUACUCCGACGAUCAACCACAGCACUAGUGAUACCCACUUUCGAAUACAUGAAACCGCAAAAUGAAUUUCCUCCUACGAGUGAUGGAUGUUUUGAUAUUUAACCUUCUUUGGAUGUGCUAUGUAGUAUACAACAGGAUUAUAUCAAUAGUAAAACGAGGUGAUGAUAUAAAAGAAGAAAGUACUAAUCCCCAAUCCAACAGUGAAGAAAACUGCAAAAGGCACUUUAUACAUUUGUACACGACUUCAGGCAGUAAAGGAAGGCCAGUGUGCUAUAUGGAUGUCUACGAAAUGUUCUCACCCAUGGAUGAGAAAAAGUUGCGUCACGCUGCUUCUAGGGGUUUUCCGAACAAAACAUAUUUCAGGUACAAUCAGGGCAAACUAAGUAAGAACAACAACUCUCAAGGAUGGAUGGAAUAUUCCACAUUGACACUAUAAAGUGAUUGUUUGAAAAUUAAAUAUUAUUUAAAUUUAAUAUAGGUUUAGUCUGUGAUAUAGAAGUCUAGUCAGUAUUAAAUUUAAAUUAUGAAAUUAUUUUAGAUACGCAGUUUACAAUAGUUAAAAAUUUAAAAAUAAAUUCUGUAGUUUAAUUUAGUACAAUAUAGUCAAUUAAUUUACAAGCU